AUGGCUCCCAAAAAGAAGUCAAAUAAAAAAGCCGAUGACGACUGGGAAGCAGAACUGGGCGAAUCGAUAGCUCCGGUAAACCAGACUGAGAACAAAGAAGAGCCUCAAGCUGAAGCUGCUGCUCCGGAGGAAGACGAUGACUUGGGUGGUGGACUACUCGCAGCUCUGAGGAAGAACAAAAACAAGAAGGCAAAGAGAGGGAAACCCACCAACGAUUUUGUGGACGGAGAGGACCUUGCUGCUACUAUAGAGAGCAAGCAGCCUGAAGAGGGCACGUUUGAUGAAGAUGACGUCUUUGCCGGAAAGCCAAAGGCAAAGGGAGCUACAAAGAAGGAGGCGGCAAAGCAAGAAGAACCUGAAGAGGGCGGAAAGCUAAAAUCGAAGAAAGAAAAGGAAAAGGAAAAGAAGGAGAGAGAGAAGCAGAGGAAAAAGGAACAGGCUGCGAAGAAGAAAGCAGCAGGUCCUGCUGCCGCUGCUCAGCCUGCUGCCAAACAAGAAGCUGCCAAACCUACCCCGGCCGCUGACACCAAACCGGCCCCAACUCCUGCUGCUGAGCCUUCUGGGAAGAAGAAGAAGGUCCCGGCCCAUUUGGCUGCAAUCCAGAGGCAGCAAGAGGCAUUACGAAAGCAACAGGAAGAAGAAGCACGCCGUCUAGAGCUUGAGAAGACAUUGGCUGAAGAAGAGCGCAAGAAGUUAGAGGAAGAGGAACGGAGAAAAGAGGAAGUCCGACAGAAGAAGAAGGAGAGAGAAAAGGAGAAAAAGGAACAGCUUAGACGUGAAGGAAAGCUUUUGACGAAGGCACAGAAGGAAGCAAAGGACCGAAAUGAGCUACGGAUGAAGCAGAUGCUGGAGGCUGGUGGUGCUGUAGUUGCUGGACUCGAAGAAAAGCCUGCGGAAAAGAAGAAGCCAGUAUAUGACAACAAGAAGAAGCGUGGAGGCAAGAAACAGGAGGAAGAUCUGGAAGCUGCUGCGGCCAGAGCGAAGGCACAACACGAAGCCGAGGAGGCCGAGAGAAAGCGACUGGAGGAGGAGAAGAAAGCCAAAGAGGCAGCUGAGGCAGCCAAAAAGGCCGAAGAAAGUGAUGAUGACAUCAAGGAGUCCUGGGACGCUUCCUCUGAUGAGGAAGAUGAAGCCAAACCCAAGGCUGGAGAGACAACUACCAAGGAUGCUGAGAAGGAGGCGCUGGAGGGAGCUACCCCUGAAGACUCUGAGUCCGAAGAAGAUUCCGAUGAAGAAUCCGAGGACGAAGAUGUCACAUCUACGCAGAAAGCUCUCGCGCAGAGAAAGGCAGAGGCAGCAGAGCGAAGAAGAAAGCAGCAUGAGGAGGCCCUGGCAGCACAGUCGAAAGAUAACCUCCGUUCCCCUAUUUGCUGUAUUCUUGGACACGUCGACACUGGAAAGACCAAACUUUUGGAUAAGAUCAGGCAGACCAACGUGCAAGAAGGAGAAGCUGGAGGUAUCACCCAGCAAAUUGGAGCUACCUACUUCCCUGUUGACGCCCUCGUCCAGAAGACCGCAGUUGUUAACAAAGAUGGUAAAUUCGACUUCAAGGUUCCUGGUCUGCUUGUCAUCGAUACCCCUGGGCACGAGUCCUUCUCCAAUCUGCGUUCAAGAGGAUCUUCGCUUUGCAACAUUGCUAUUUUGGUUGUCGACAUUAUGCACGGUUUGGAACCCCAGACUCUCGAGUCUAUGAGACUUUUGCGUGAUAGGAAGACCCCCUUCAUUGUGGCUUUGAACAAGAUAGACAGAUUGUUCGGUUGGAAGAAGAUUGAUAACAACGGCUUCCAGGACAGUUUGGCUAAGCAGAGCAAGACUGUUCAGAGCGAGUUUAGAGACCGAGUUAACAAGACCAAGCUCGCCUUUGCAGAACAAGGAUUCAACUCCGAGCUGUACUAUGAAAACAAGUCUAUGGCUCGUAACGUUUCUUUGGUUCCUACUUCGGCUCAUACUGGAGAGGGUGUGCCUGAUAUGCUUAAGCUACUUGUCACUCUUACCCAGGAGCGUAUGACCAACGCACUUAUGUACCUCUCAGAAGUCGAGUGUACUGUUUUGGAAGUGAAGGUUAUCGAGGGUCUCGGUACUACUAUUGAUGUUGUACUUUCUAACGGUGUGCUUCGCGAAGGAGAUCGUAUCGUCCUUUGCGGUCUCAACGGCGCUAUUGUCACAAAUAUCCGAGCUCUUCUAACUCCAGCCCCAAUGAAAGAACUCCGCCUCAAAUCUGCAUACGUUCAUAACAAGGAAGUCAAGGCUGCCCUUGGUGUCAAGAUUGCUGCCAACGAUCUCGAACAUGCUAUUGCUGGUUCCCGACUUCUUGUGGUCAACCAUGACGAUGACGAGGAGGAUCUUACGGAUGAAGUCAUGUCUGAUCUAGAGAACCUUCUCAGCAAGGUUUCCAGAGACAACCGUGGUGUUGCCGUUCAGGCUUCUACUCUUGGUUCUCUCGAAGCCUUGCUAGAGUUCUUGAGGACAUCCAAAAUCCCCGUUGCCAACAUCUCUAUCGGACCUGUGUACAAACGUGAUGUCAUGCGUGCAGGUGCUAUGCUUGAAAAAGCCAAGCAGUUCGCCGUCAUGCUUUGUUUCGAUGUCAAGGUCGAUAAGGAAGCCCAGGCUUAUGCAGAUGAGAACGGCAUUAAGAUUUUCACUGCUGAUAUCAUUUAUCAUCUGUUCGACGACUUCACGAAGCAUAUGGAAGAGCUUGCUGCGCAGAGAAAGGAAGAGAGCAAGCUACAAGCUGUCUUCCCUUGUGUCUUGUCACCUGUUGCUGUAUUCAACAAGAAGGAUCCGAUUGUUAUUGGUGUUGAUGUUACUGAAGGCUCCCUUCGUCUUCUAACGCCCCUUGCCGCCGUGAAAACCAACCCAACCACAGGACAGAAAGAAAUCAUCAGUCUCGGUAGAGUGAUGUCCAUUGAGCGAGACCACAAGCAACUCCCUAUCUGCAAGAAGGGACAGCCUUCCGUCGCCAUCAAGAUUGAAGGACCCAACCAGCCGCUGUACGGCCGCCAGCUCGAAGAAAAGGAUAUUCUCUACUCGAUGAUCUCCAGAAAGAGCAUAGACACACUUAAGGAGUUCUACCGAUCAGACGUAACGAUGGAGGAAUGGGGUCUUAUUAAAAAGUUGAAGCCAGUGUUUGAUAUCCCUUGA